AUGAAAUUACCCACCGGAACUAGUGAGGAGGAGGAAGCCAUAGGGGACGAGUUCCACAUCACUAAACACCAAGCUCUCACAAUCACCGCCAUGAUGGUGCUGAGUCUCAUGGCGGCGCUGGAUGGCUCUUUGUUAGCAGUGGCUUUGCCGGCCAUCGCCAAUGACUUGCACGCCUCGGCCAUCCAAGGUUUCUGGGCAGGGACCUCAUAUCUCCUCUGUAGUGCCGUGCUUCAGCCAAUCUUUGGCUCUCUUUCGCAAGCAUUGGGCCGCAAAGCACUGGUUCUGUUGGGGAUUGUCUUUUUGGCUAUCGGGUCGCUCGUCGCAGGAAUUGCGCACAAUGUCACUCAGCUCUUAGUAGGUCGAUCCCUGCAAGGGUCGGCGGAGGUGUGUGGGCUUUUUGGAUCGGUGAUCGGGCCGGUGAUUGGGGGCUGCUUUGCAGAGAAAUCGACUUGGUGCUGGUUCUUCUACAUCAACUUCCCCUUCAUUGGCAAAUGGAGCCGCACUACUGUUGGUCUUCUUUCCUCGGGCCUCCGUCAGAUCGACUUGGUCGGCAUAGUCCUCUUUGCCACCAGUAUCAGCUCCUUUCUGAUCCCUCUGUCAUGGGGUGGCGUGAUGUACCGGUGGAGCUCCUGGCAUACACUGCUCCCCUUAUUCCUCGGGGUCGGUGGUCUCCUCGCCUUUGGGGCAUAUGAGUUUCGGUGGGCAACGCAGCCGCUGAUCCCACCCACCAUCUUCCGCGAUAGGUCGACAAGCCUCGCACUAGGCAGCUUAUUCUGUCUCGGCUUCUUACUCUGGUCGGCCAUAACCGGGUUCGCGAUCGUGGCCACUGGUCGGAUCCGCUGGGCGAUCUGGGCAGGCUGGUCCCUGGCCACCGUGGGCUCCGGCUUGCUCUGUCUCCUACAAGUCGAGACCCGCAUCCCCGCCUGGACUUUUAUCGAGUUGGUGUCCGGGGUGGGCCUGGGGAUGGUGGUGCUCGGCGCCGUCCUGGCCGUGCAGGUCAGCAGCCCCCCAGCCCUCAUACAUAUGGCCAUCAGCCUGGCCGCCUUCUUCCGGAGUUUUGGGCAGUGCGUCGGCGUGGCGAUUGGGGGUGUGAUCUCUGAGAAUCGCGCGACUGCGCUCAUGGCCCGCCAUCCCCAGCUAAGGGCGAUCGAGCAGCGGUACCGACAGGAUCCGUUCGGUGCGACAAGAAGUGACGUGCGGAAGGUGUAUGCGGACAGUUUGCGUACGAUCUGGGCUGUGGGCUGCGCCGUCGCUGGCGUUGCGUUGAUUGCGAGUCUUUGGAUGAAGCCUCGUGCUUUGAUAUGA